GGGAAGAAGACGACUAAACAUAAUAUCGUCAAGAUUCGAAGAAUAACGUUGGGUUCGCGCGUGGAGUACCGGAAAAAUAACUUUUAUAUUCUCGGUUUCGUAGUGGCAACAACUGGCGACAAAACAAACCUUAAGUGCAAUACAUAAACGGGCCUGUGCAACUCGAGUAAAGUCAAUGUUUAAUACAAGCUUCAUUCAGAAAGACUAAGUUCUGGGCGGUGGAACCACCCCCUCUGAAUUGUUAAAUAUUUAUACACACCACCAACGGAACGCACGCACUUACAUAUUUUACUUUGCUAGUGGCGCCAACAUAUGCAAAGCAGCGAUAAGAAAACAACAACCCAAAACAGAAAAGAAAAGCAGGAAAAACAGAGGCCGAUACUGGGACAUAGUUUUUUGUUUGCUGCCGGAGUGACUGGAGUGACUCAACUCCCACAGCAAUUGCCGCUGAUGAGGUGAACGAACUGGUCAGCGCAUCCACCCAGCAUCCAUUUUCAGCCCCUGCAUCUCGGGCAAUUAAGACAACCCUAAUUGAAGGGCGAGGAGGAGGAGGAGGAGGGCGCCACUUAGCUGAAGAUGCCUUCGCUGCGCCAGAAGGUCACCACUUACUUCCGGCAGCUGAGCUUCAUCGCGGAGCCUCGCGAGGGUCGCCGGCGGGCCAGCGAGCACGACGAUGACGACGGCAGCUUCAUUACCAAAUAUCUCGAGGGCCGCAUGCAGCGACAGUUUGUUGAUGGUCCGGAGAUCUACAAUGGUCAGAAUCCCACAGACUUGCCCGUGCUCAAGCUGGACACUUACGAAGCUGGAACCUGCUCAAUCACCGCCGCCUGCACUGGACCGGAUGAAGGACUCACCGGCAUCAAGCGGUCCAAGCUUCAUCUGAGCACCAGUUUUGCGGACGACAUAGACUUCAUAGACACGCAGCAGGAGAACGAUGAUUGCUACGGCGUGAGGAAGAGCACCCCGCCUGCUCCAGUGACCGCACAUAAUUCCACACGCUUGGCCAGCAAGUUUGGACGCCCGCCGACUGGAUCCCGGAGACAGAGCAGCACGGAGCAGCCGUCCGGAUCCGUUCCAGCUUCGGGAAUGCGUUCCCGCAAGAACUCCAAGAGCAGCAUAGCGAAUCUGGCGGCGGCUGCUGCUGGAGGAGAUGCUGGCAAGGCGGCCAGCGAUCAGAACAACAGAAAUCUGUUGAAUGCAAAGACUGAGGCCUCGACGGAUGGGGACUCCAACUCGGAGCGGGAACGCCUGCUCCGCGAGGCGGUGAGCAACCAGGGUGGCGCCGCUCCAGCUACCGUGGUCGCCGGCGUGGAGAACUGGCGCAUGGAAUGUGAUUUUGCAUAUGGAAUCUCGGUGUCUCUUUACGAGACGAACAUGCUGACCAAGGAGCCCAUGGGCAAUCCCAUCGCCGACUGCUACGGGAUGGUGGUGCGCGGGGACUCAGCAGCCAUGGCCAUGGCAGAUGGCGUCAACUGGGGAGAUGGAGCUCGUCUGGCGGCCCGUUCGGCUGUCCACGGCUGUCUGGACUAUCUGGACAGGGCUGUGUUUGGUCAGGCACUGGAGUGCAGGGCGACGACAACUCAAGAGGUGUUUGUCAGUCUGCUGCGGAGCUUGUGGGAGGGGCACGGCUGCAUCCUGGAGGUGGGCGGCGCCCUGUCCACGCUGACCAUUGCCGUGGUGCUGCCGCUGGACGAAGCACCGGGCAAGUAUGUCGUUUGCUCCUGCAACGUGGGCGAUUCCCUGGGCUACGUGUACUCGAAGAGGCACGGAGUUCGGGAGCUGACGCAGGCCUCCCACGACAUCAGUUCCAUGCGGGAUAUGCGCGACGCUCUGGGAGCCCUCGGACCGGCGGAUGGCAACAAGCCGGAGCUGAGUAAUCUUACCUUCUCGAUGACUUGCAUCGAAAAAGGCGACAUAGUGUUUCUCACCUCGGACGGGAUCAGCGAUAAUUUCGAUCCCGUGGUGGGCAAGUUUGCCGAGGCCUGGACGCCAGAUGUGAAGCUUCAGUCUGCAGGGCAUGCAAAACCCGGGAUCCUGGCUCCCAAGCGGCAGAAUAAGAGCGCAUCCGCCAUCUAUGCCCGCCUGCAUCCCUCGACGCCGCCCACGCGACCUGCUCGCCAGUCGAAAGCGGGCAGUCCGCCCAGCAACGCUCCCAGUCGACCGAAGUACAUGCGUUCCCAGACGCUCAUUGAACCACGCCAGGGACUGGCGUCGCCUCCACCACCUUCAGUGGCUCCCCGGCGCAUUCCGAAGUCCAUAUCUGGGCUCCCACUGGUGACGGGUCCUCAGCGGCAUGCUCUCACCUUGUACCGCUUGGAGGAUCUGCUCAGCUACGGCAUAAACGGAACCUUCUCGCCUUGUGUUUCGGCUCGGAGACUCUGCCAUUUGCUCAUCGAUUUCGUUAGGAUGAUAACCUCCGCCAGGAGAAAGACCCUGGAGCAGAGGGAGCUCUUCUACAAGCUGUCGACCGGUCCGGAUGGGGCCAAGCGGGAGGUGCAGCUGAAUCGCAUGCAGCAUCGGGCGGCCAGGAAGCGAGUGGUGGACAGCAGCGCUUUUGUGGCACUGCCCGGAAAACUGGAUCACGCCACUGUGAUGGCCUACACGGUGGGCGGUGGCGAAGAUCACGAUAAUGGGAACGACACCGGCGAGGGAGUAGCUGUUUCCCCCGUGCUGCAAUCAAAGGAAUUUAAGGAGACGAAUUUCUAAAAGGAGAAAACUCUAGACUGCAGACUAAGCUUUUUAUACAUUUUUCUCACUCACAUUUGUAUGGGUACUUCUACGUAGAACCGAUCCUAUUUAGGGUCUCAAUUAAAGUUUUUGUUACUGGAUUUUUAUAAACAAAAAAGUUUCGCAGAAACUGUAAUAUUUUGUUAUAUCAAUUAAAACAUCGAUUUUUGCCAAAUACAGAUUUAAGUUUGAUUAUUUCACUGCUUGCUAGUCUAUCAUAACGAAUCGUUUUAUUUAGUUUUUAUCUUGCAAAGUCACCUAAAUGCUAUUAAGUUAAUACCCUAAAUUGUUAAUACAUUUGACCAGGAAGUACCCAUAUGUACACAUACUACAUAUAUAGAUUUACAUAAGUAUAUAUACGUAGUGAUUUAUAUCACAUGUAUCUUUAAUAUGCAUAUAUGAAGAUUUCUCAAAAGUUUGUUGACUAUAAUUUGGUACUCUCAUUUGUCAGCCAUAGUUUUUUAGCCAUUUAUUUGUAAACUGCAAACGACAGAAAUGCCUCAAAUGUUUUAAACUACCAAAAAGAUUAAGAAUACACAAAUGUACAUCGUAUUUUUACACUCUCAAUCAUAAUUCAAUGUAUAUGCCACUUUUACACCAGCAAUAAUGUGAAUUGGCGCCAUUUCAAUUUUUACAAGGCGGCAGCGUAUAAACUUGGUAACGCACAGCUUAAGUUGUCGAGUGGACUGGUCAAACAGGGCCUAGGCAAUUCAUAAUAAAAUAAACGCAUUGGGAAACUGCGCUUUUACAAACACCAUAAAAAAGUCGUUUUAC